GUGCGCAUGCGCCUGAGGCUGCGCGCAAGUUCUGCACAGGCUUGGGCCUGAACUGCUACUUAGCUGCUCAGCUUUGGAACGGAAUAAGGCGGGAGGAGGAGGAGGCUGCGGCGGCGGGGUUGCACGAUCCGUAGGACUUUCCCGGGCUAUGGGGCUCUGGCUGGAGUCUCCGUUCGGUCGGUGGGGCCUAAGCGGGGAGCCCGAGGGAGGGAUAUGAGCCAGUGAGGGAAGGAGGGGAGAAGCCGGCGCUAACUCUCCGCUCACACCCCCAGGAGAAGCCGGGGAGCGACGCCACCAUGGCACAGGAGAAAAUGGAGCUGGACCUCGAAAUGCCGGGGCCCCCGAGUGAUGGGAAUCUGAGGAGGUCUAAUAGCGCCCCUCUAAUCAAUGGCCUCAGUGACAAUUCACAGGUGUUUCAGACAGAUGUUAUAAGAGCGCGUCGGAACAGUACCACUGUAGUGAAUCGUCAGAGUCUGGUUGUGCCAUCUUCUCCAAUACGUAUCUCAAGCAGCCGUCUUCACCAGAUUAAACAGGAAGAGGGAGUGGACCUUAUGAUUAACAGAGAGACCGCUCAUGAAAGGGAAGUGCAAGUGGCAAUGCAAAUGAGCCAGUCCUGGGAGGAAAGCCUAAAUCUGAGUGACAAUGAUCUCGAUAAAUCAUCUUCUCCAAAGAGAAUUGAUUUUGUUCCAGUGUCUCCAGCUCCUUCUCCCACAAGAGGAAUUGGAAAGCAAUGCUUUUCACCAUCAUUACAAAUACUUGUCAGCAGCAAUGGAUUGCCACCCAGCCCUACCCCUAGCCCCACAAGGCGGUUUGCAACGCGGAGUCAAAGUCCAAUAAACUGCAUUCGACCCAGCUCACUUGGACCUCUUAAACGGAAAGGAGACAUGGAGAUUGAAAGUCAGCCAAAACGACUUUUCCAAGGAACUACAAACAUGCUGUCUCCAGAUGUCUCUCACUUAUCAGAUCUAAGCGCUUGUCUUUCCUCGGAAAAUCUGGAUGGAAGCAGCAGCAGCCUUGGCUCGUCCUGCGACUCUCCUGCUAAAAACAUUGUUCCCGAAUCUCCUCCUUCCAACUUCUUUAUGCCAGUGGACAGACACUCUCCUAAGUGAUAUUGCGGCAAAACGCUGUCGACUCGCCCCUCUUAUUUAAUCCAUAUAUUGCAAAGUAAGCAGGGUUUGUCAAAGGUCUUGUGUAUUAUAUAUAUAUAUAUAUAUAUUGUGUGGCUCUCUGGCUCUUGAACUUGGAUCCUAACAAAUGAACUGAAACAGCCCAUAGAGAGCCACCGAUUGGCUUUCACUGCCUUGGGGAGGCCAAAUUCUCUGCACGACAUGAAUUGCUGAAAUCUUCUGUGGUAAAGUAAGAUACUUAAACUGAACUUUUAUUUUUUUAGAGAUUUUACAAAUGUGUUUGUGUUUAAAUAGCUGACGUGCUGUUCCUAAGCUGCUGACAACCUUUUGUCCCCUGACACUAAAACAAAGACCUAUUUAUUAAAGGGGAUAGUGACUGAAACGUUGUAAUACUUUAAAAUAUUAUUACUACUGUGGGGUUCUCCCUCUAAUGGAACCUUCUAUUUUAAAAUUUGUAUCAUUUAAACCUCUCAAUGUUGUGAUCUCCAUAAAGAUUUUUUUAAAAAUUG